AUGGAACUGUGGAACUGCGUCAACCGCCAUGUCCUCCAGAAGUCUCCGAAAGAAGGUCACGACAGCAGAGGAAAGCGUAUCACGCUAAUCCUUGCGCAUGCAAACGGUUUCCCGAAAGAGAUAUGGGAGCCCACCCUCCAAUCGCUCAUCUCGCAUUCCGAGUCCGCGGACUACAUCAUCGAGGAAAUCUGGAGCUGGGAAGCCGUUCAACACGGUGACUCGGCGUUGAUCAACGCCAAAGCGCUGAGCGGGGUCCAUGAUUGGGCGGACAACUCGCGAGAUAUAUUGAAUUUCCUUAUUAACUAUAUGCCUUCUGCGGGUUCCGAUGAAUCGCUGCCCACGCACCUCAACCCCGUAGAGCCUUCCGUAAGCGCUUUCCGCGCGAAGUCCGGAUUCUCCGACCGAACUCUAGUCGCUAUAGGCCAUUCCUACGGAGGAACAACGUCAGCCUUCGCCGCACUGACACAUCCAUGGCUCUUCUCGGCUAUCAUACUCAUUGAUCCCAUAAUCAAUCCAGCAUCCGACUACGGCGAGAAAUACGUCCAUCAUCUCGUUGCAGGCGCUAUCAAGAGAAGGAAUGGAUGGAGUUCAAGAGCGGAGGCAUUAGAGCAGUUCAAACGGAUUCCAUUCUUUGCCGCUUGGGAACCAGCCGUCCUUCAACGUUACAUCGACUUCGGAUUAUACGAGGAUAGAAAAGGUCAAUUCCAGCUCAAGAUGACGCCGAUUCAGGAAGCUGUUGCAUUCGUAGAAACUCGCUUAUCAGCGAAAGUGUGGGAUCUUAUGCCUUUGCUUGAUGAGCAAGUCGCGUUGCACUGGGUCAAACCCGCACGUUUGCUGAGUAUCCCGGGGUUGAGAACGAAAGAAGAAUCCGAAAAAAUCGCUCAGGAACUUGUCUGGCUUCGUCCUGCCAAUGCAAGCAACACCAUCCUCCCCACCGGACACUUGGUCCCCCAUGAGUCUCCAUCCUCUUUGGCGCAAGAUUUGCACCUAUUUCUCGUUAAGAAAUACGGUCGUUCUGUUAGAUAUCACAGCAAUGCGAAGCUGUAG